AUGUCUCCUGCGCCUCUGAUUAUCAUUGUCCUAUCCUCUCUUCUGACAUGCUCGUUACUAGGUGCUAGUGCUACAGCUCUCCACGAUCAUGGUGAUGCUAGCACCGACUUCCAAGCCCUCCGUUGCCUUAAACUUCAUCUCAGCACUUCUGGAUUCCUACCCUCAUGGAAGAUUGAUGGUUCCCUCCAAAAUUUCUGCACUUGGUCCGGUGUUACCUGCAGCAAGAGGCACACGUCUCGUGUGGUUGCACUGGACCUCGAGUCACUCUACCUUGAUGGCCAAAUGCCUCCUUGCAUUGCAAAUCUCACUCUCCUCACAAGAAUCCACCUCCCAAAUAAUCAGCUUUGGGGUCCAAUCCCGACUGAACUUGGCCAACUGAAUACGUUGCGGUAUCUUAACCUCAGCUCAAACAAUCUUAGCGGCAUGAUCCCGAGCACUCCGUCCUCAUGCUCUCAGCUUAGAGUCAUUGAUCUUGCGAGCAACUCCUUCAGCGGUGAGAUCCCACCAAACCUAAGCCAAUGUUCAAAUAUUCAGCAGCUCAAGCUGGAUCACAACAGGCUGAGUGGAGGCAUCCCCGAAGGGUUGGGGAUACUCCGCAACCUUUCAGUUUUGCAUCAUGCUGGAAAUACUCUGACAGGUAAUAUACCUCUUUCACUUGGAACCAGUUCUGCUCUUCACUCUGUUAAUCUCACUGACAAUAGCCUCACAGGACCUAUCCCGUCUCUACUAGCUAAUAGUUCAUCACUUCAAUUUUUGGUCUUAACCAAAAAUCAGCUAGGUGGAGAGAUUCCAUCUGCACUAUUCAACAGCACAUCACUCAAAAUCUUGUCCCUGGGAGUAAACAACUUUAUUGGGUCCAUACCUGCUGUUUUCCUGAAUUUUGAUGACUCGCCCUUGCAACAUAUUGUCUUGGCAUCAAAUAAUCUUGCAGGGGCAAUACCUUCUACUCUAGGGAACUUUUCUUCCCUUCGCUGGCUCUUACUUUCACAGAAUAAUUUUCAAGGUAGCAUCCCAGCGAGUAUAGGUAAGCUUCGCAACCUGCAACUACUAGACCUGAGUUACAACUUCUAG